GACAGAUACGCUGUCAACAGCUGAUAGACGUAAAGGCUUUGACAUUUAGCCGUAAACAGCGGUGAAAUGUGUGUGAAGUUAAAUGAAUCAGUCAGCUGUUGACUAAUGAGUUUUCUGUAUUUAAAAAUUCAUGAAAGAUUGAAAUCCUUCACAAGAAAGUUGGUGUUUCGUCAACAUUAAACAAAAUGCGUCCAUCAUUUUCAUCGUUGCUCUACAAAUUCAAUUCAACAAAGUGGUUGGCAUUCCCGCUGCACAGAAAGUAUUGUGUAAAUAAUGUGGUUACAAACAAUGGAACACGGAAUAAAAGUAUUCACAGAAAUUUCAAUUAUAUGAUGAAUCCAUUGGAAGAAAUCAUGAACACAGUGCCACCCGAAUCGGAAGCGCUUAGCCCGGACGAUACGUUGAAUAUAUGGCGACAAUUAGGUGACGCGUCACGAGCAAUAUCAUCAUCUUCAACAGCAUCAUUUAAUAUUGUUGAGCAUACGAAUUUUGCCAUUCUUCGUCGGGCAAUGAAAGUUUCAAUGCCAUAUUUUAAAACCACCGACCAAUUUGAUAUUCUCAAGGCAAUUCAAACACUGUCCGUGCCAACGAAUGAUGAUGUUUACGAUACAAUUCUGUCUUCGUUAUUGGAUAACGUUUAUAGUAUGUCACUCAAUGACAUUAUGGUAAUGGAUUCGUUUUUCGUAUCGAAGCAAACGAAUCCACUGGCUAGGGAAUUGCAUCACACUUUAAUCGAUCGAUUCAAUGCUAAAACGAGUCAAUUUCCAGUCGAAUUCAAUUAUUUCGUCAAAGUCCGAAGAAUGUUACAGUUCAUCGGAAGAAAUCGCCAAAAAAUAAUUGAUGAGGCUUUUGAAAACAUACGGAAUUGUGCAAUCAAACGAGAAAUCGAUAUUUUUACCGCGAAUGAGUCAAUGAAAAUUAUCAUAACUCUAUCACACUUUGGCGAUAAAUGCGAAUAUUUUCAACCAGUAUUAGAUAAGGCAUUUGAUGUUUGGUCAACAAGCAAUGUUACAAUUCGAAUGGUUGAGACGGUUCUGACGUUUUUGAAUAAAAGAAUUCAAACACUAAAUCGCCUGUAUAGAGAUACGCGGCUAAUUGAGAAAUGUGCACGGGUUGUCAUUGAAAAUGGUGAUUUGGAAAAAUGCUUCAUCAUUCAACAGCAAUUCAAUCGACUGGAAUUCAGUAGUAAACAACUGAUCGACUUUUUGCUUAGGAAUUUGAGUGACACAGCGGUGAAGGAGAAUUUCGUUCGAAAUUCGAUGAAAAUUUGUAUAGCAUGUGAUGUGGCCAAUUACAGACCGCCACUUUUCGAAGAUCUACUUCCCACUUUGGCAACGAUGAAUUUCCAUCAACAGUUGGACAUUCGAUUGAAUUGGCCGAAAUUUGCACUUCGACUGAAUAGCCUUGGAAUUUAUCAUGAACCCUUAAUUCAGGAGAUUUUGAAGCGGAGGUCAUAUUUUGAGUCAUUUGAUAAGAGCAGCAUGCAAGAUUUAGAGAAUCUGCAUAUGAAUAAACUCGUUAAUGCCGCACCACUUUGCAAUUAGUUACCUGAUUUGAAAAAAAAAUUCGGGCCAACAUAUCCGUUUGUUGAUGCAUGCCAAUGAUAGUGACGUUAUCCCAUUGCUGAUGAAAAUAGACGUUCAUUCCAAACGAUUCGUACCUUUUGCAGACACCGAAAUGAAUUCAUUGAGCUCGAUUCAAUGUGAUGAUGAUCAAUGUUUAGUUGCCAUAGUUACUCCUUGCACUGCCGACGUGACAUCCUCACAUCCAAGGGUGACUCCAAUACGUUUAAACUCCACCGAAUGGGUGAAAUUGCUACAGUACAAAACCAUCGACGAAUUUCUCUUCGACAUUUUGAAUCGUUUACAAAAUGAAAAAAUCAAACACGAAACAACGAGUAUUUUUCAGUGAAACAAUAGUUCUUUUUAUUUGUAAAUUUACUUUUUAUAAUAAACAAGAAGUAUUUUGUUUUUGAACGUUA